GGGAGGGAGUCUCAGAGAGCAAGGGGAGGAAGACACAGAGAGAGAGAGAGAGAGAGAGAGAGAGAGAGAGAGAGAGAGAGAGAGAGAGAGAGAGAGAGAGAGGAAGAGAGAGAGAGAGAGCGGACUGUAUAAGGAAAACAGUUUCUGCCGCUCUGCAGCUCCUGAUCAGACGUCACCAAUAACAGGAUGUUAAUGCUUGACGGAAUGCCAGCAGUUCGAGUCAAAGCAGAGCCUCUGGAAUCUGAGAGAGGGUCCCCUAGAGUGCACAGCUAUCCUGAUAUGGAGGGGGUGCCUCUUCUCCUGAGCAAAGUGAAGGCAGAGCCACCAGAGGACCUGCUCUCUUCUGAGCACUUUCACACUCAGACAGAACCUGUGGACCUGUCGAUCAACAAGAAUCGUUCCUCACCUCCUUUCUCCACCGCCUCGCCCAUCACUUCUGCCUUCUCUCCAUCCAGCUCCUCUUCGUCUUCGUCUUCAUCCUCGCCUUCUGUCAUUGCCUCCAUCUCUUCAGGAAAGCCCUCCGUGUUGACUCCAGGGCCUUUGGUGGGCUCUCCCUCAGGCAUUCGCGGUCAGUCAUAUUUACACAUCAUCCACCCAGUGCCGCCUUCCAGUCCCAGCAAACUUGCCAGACAGGUGCAGCGCAUCCCAGUGGUGGUCCAGUCACUGCCACUAAUGUACACUACAGCGAUGCGCUCACCCUCCAACCAUCUCAACUCUACCAUCAUGGUCCCUCUGCUGGAUGAUGCCAAGAGCCAAGGCAAAGCACAAUCAGACCUAAACGGCUUGUCACCGAGACAAAUCCGAAGUGACAGCGAUGAUGACGACCUGCCAAAUGUAACAUUGGACAGCGUCAAUGAAACAGGAUCCACAGCGCUGUCUAUAGCACGAGCAGUGCAGGAUUCCAUGUCACCGUUUAGUAUUGAGAGCAUGCGGCGACCUCGGCAGUCUGAGUCUCCAGACUCUAAGAAGAGACGCAUCCACAGAUGUGACUUUGAUGGCUGCAAUAAGGUUUACACUAAGAGCUCCCACCUAAAAGCACACCGGAGAACACACACAGGUGAGAAGCCGUACAAGUGUACCUGGGAUGGCUGCACGUGGAAGUUUGCUCGCUCAGAUGAGUUGACGCGACAUUAUCGGAAGCACACAGGGGUGAAGCCUUUCAAAUGUGCGGACUGCGAUCGUAGCUUCUCACGCUCAGACCACUUAGCCCUGCACCGACGCAGACACCUGCUGGUCUGAUGGAAGGCCAUCUUAUACAACCUCUCUCUCUCUCUCACACACACACACACACACACACACACACACACACACACACACACACACACACACACACACACACACACACACGUGCACAUGCACGCCAAGGGAGCUGGGUCUCUCCUUGCACUUGUUCAGCUGGGCUGGACACAGUCAUGGCCAUCCUAGGCCCUGGUGAAAAGUGAGAGAGAGGAUGUUUGGAGGAUGCAUGAUAUGAUGGACAGAAUGUUUUGAUGGAGCUGAACAGGGUCUGCCUCAAGGAUGGAGCAAAGCUGCUCUACAGAUCUGGGCUCAUCUUGAAGUUUCAGGACAUCUUGAACUGGAGCACUUGUCCAGAUCCUGGUUGUUAGUUUUUGCGUGAGAGUUCUUCUGUCUGCAAUUUUUUAUUUUAAACUUAGCCUCCUUGUUUUGUUCUCAUUUUAAAUGUCUGCUUCCUUUUUGCCAUCAACAAUGUGAAGAAGUGCAGUAUUGAAUGGCUUCCUCUUUUCAGAUCUGGAGCUUGAUAUUGUAGACACAGCCAGGUUCCUACAGGAACAACAUUUUCAUAAAUCCUGAUUUCCUCUUAACCCAGCACACCUGAAACUGGGGAUUCAUCUCUUUGGCAAAGAAGACUCUGAGUCAGCGAUUCCUGAGGUAAAGCUGAAGAUUUUUCAUAGAAAACAAAUAAGAUUAUACAAACACCAGGUGACACAUCACAGGAAUCAUGAGGUUUCUAUAUUAUAGAUUUUUUUUCUGCUGAUGGUGGUUUUCACACUAAAAUGGUUUUCUGCAGCACCUUUGCGGAUCUGAAGUGUAUGGGGUACGUUUGGCUUUAAGAACUCUCAUCUGUUUCUUUAUGGUGACAAACAGGGAUAUAAAACAGUGCAUUCGUUUCUGUGAUCAGCCAGUGAGUGUGAUUGUAUUCUGUUCAUAUUUUAAGUUGUGAAUACUUCUCCCGGCUUAAGCCUUUUUUCAGUUCUUCAAAUAUGGAUGAGCCCUGAAAUAAAUGAAUACAGUAAAGUACUAUGCUCAUCACACACAACGCUGACCUCCGCUAUGUUUGUCUGGCUGACACGAUGAUAGCUCAAUGCCCUCUUUAGCUUUAAGGAAAUUUGGGUGCAAAAGAAAAGAAAAAAAACAAGAACACGAAACAAACACUUCUGCUAACACGGGCCUUUCAUGGUGUGAUUGUUUUUGGGUUUUUUUGUACUUGAACAGACAAUACAAGCCAGGAGAGCAAUACACUCACUCUAGAGAGUGAAGGGAGAGGGAGAAGGCCUCAUGGCUGCCUCACUUACUCCACCAACAGAGGGCUUUGUAAACAUGGACAAAUUGCUGACUUUCUACCAUUGCCACUUGUUUUUCUAUACUAGAGAAUCUUGUAUAUUUGUAAUGAAUUUGUAGCUCUAGUUUUUAAAAUAGCAAAAGCAUAUUGCUAUUUUAGUCUCACACCUAAAGGAUUUGAUUGCACUCAGAAGAAGAAGAUUUUCUUUUUUUAAAGAGCCAUUGUGUGGCACUGCAGGUUUGCCCAAAUGAAGCUCAUUUUGCUCCAAUAAACCUCUCCUCUCUCUCUCUCUCUCUCUCUCUCUCUCUCUCUCUCUCUCUCUCUCUCUCUCUCUCUCUCUCUCUCUCUCUCAAACACACACACAGA